UUUCUUCCAUCAACAUUAGGUAACACGAUGCGUGUUACGUGCCUGUGGUUGUGGAUGGUGGCCGUGUUGGUGGCAGUACUCGUUGCUGUCCUCAGUAGCCUACGUGAUGUACUGCUGUCGAGGUCAUCUCGUCUUCCUGGCAUGGUGACGGACAGGCGUGAUCAUGGCCACCUGUCGCCAGUGUCUGAUGACAUCGACCACCGCGUGAGCCGCAUCCGCUCACUCAGUCUGCUGCAUCUUCCCCCCUGCGACGAGUUGCCAGAAUUACCUGAGCGUUAUCUGAUAAACACUUUCCACAGUUAUAUGUCCAAUAUCAACUUUCUGUGCGAACGUCAGCUACGGAUGGGGGGACUGGGUGAAGAUGGCUGGGACGUUUGUGAUGAUGACAGGCCCCGCCCCGCCCCUCCUUGUCUGGUGUACUCGGUCGGAACGUCACUUGGAUCCACCUUUGAUGACGACGUUCGGCGCCUCUACCGUUGUGAUGUUGUUGCUUUGAGAACUCAGUAA